AUGGGUGAGGCACAGACAGCAGAAGCUACCCCUCAAAUCUCAUUCAAGAAGCGUUCUGCCAAAGCAAAAUCAUCCAGCUUCCGCAAGAGAGCUCCCUCGCCACCUGCUCCCGCCUCAGAUUCCGCCUCCGACUACUCCACCUCCGACGAAGAGGGCGGCCGCACCAUCAAGCGCAGGCGCAAGAAUGCCACCGUCACCGCAUCCUCCGCAAAUAGCACAACUGCGCAACGACAGAGAGCCGUCAUAGAUGAUAGCUCAACUUCAACGAGUGCCGCUCCGCUUCCAAUAUCCCAGACAAACGAUGCAACGAAGCAUUCAAACUGGUUCGAUGACGAUGCUGGAGGCAAAGAUGGUGAGCUGAGCGCGAGGAAUCUACUAGGGAAUACUAGGAAGAACCAGGGCAAUAGCACACCUGCCACAUCUACUUCCGUUGUUGGUGCUGCCCAUGUCGCUACAUCCACGUCUACACCCUCCAACCCCCCAGACGGCACUUACCGCGGUUCCGCAAACUACCAAUCCUUCCUCCAAAAGAACCCCAACGUGACCCACAAACAGUUCGGCCCCAUCAAGGCCCCGACAAACAUCAGAACAAUCACUAUCACUGAUUACUCUCCGGAUGUCUGCAAGGAUUACAAACAGACGGGCUUCUGCGGGUUUGGGGACGGAUGUAAGUUCCUGCAUGCGCGGGAGGAUUACAAGGCGGGCUGGGAAUUGGAUCGGGAUUGGGAAAUCGGGACAAGGGGGAAGAAGGUUGUUGGCAGGACGGUUGCGAGCCGGGAUGCAAAGGCUGGAGGUGGUGGGGAUCAAGGUGAAGGCGAGGACGAGGAUGAUGAGCUACUGGAGAAUAUCCCCUUCGCAUGCGUGAUCUGUAAACAACCGUAUAAGAGUCCGAUUGUUACUCGGUGUGGACAUUAUUUCUGCGAAGGGUGUGCGUUGCAGCGCUAUAGGAAGAAUCCAUCGUGUGCGGCGUGUGGGUCUGGGACUGGUGGUGUGUUUAAUACGGCGAAGAAGCUGAGUAGGUUGCUUGAGAGGAAGAGGGAGAGGAUCAAGAAGAGGAGGGAGAAGGCUAGAGAGGAGGGGGAGGAGGUUAGUGAGGAUGAAGAUGAGGAGGAGGGGGUUGCUGCUGGUGAUGACAGUGCUGGCGAAUGA